AUAUCAGAAAACAACGACAAGGCAGUCGGAUGGCCGUUACGUAGUGAAGUUGCCACUAGUACCAGAAUUUGAAGAAAAACUUGGUACAUCUAAGCCGCAAGCAAUAGCGCAGUUCAGGAUCCUGGAAAAGAAGUUUUAUCAUAAUGAAAAAAUAGCAACAGCCUACAAGGAAUUUAUCAACGAAUACCGCUUCCUAGGUCACAUGGAACCCGCUAGUUCAAGCAGCUCCGCCCGACAAACAGCAUAAGCACAUCAAUCAGCAAUUAUUAACAAUGAAUCAUGCCAUAAACACUAUCAAUUCCGAUAUACAGAUCCUUCACAAUGAAAAUGAAUUCGCCCUUUUAUCAAUUUUAAGCAGUAAUCUACUCUCCAGUUUAAAAAGUGUUCAGGAAACCUUGUUGGAUAUGAUUACAAAUAUCUAUCAUGGUAAAUUCAACCUAAACUUAAUAUCACCAAGUCAACUGAAAACAGAGUUAAACAAGAUAUCCGGACAUCUCUCGGCAGACCUAAGCUUACCAAUCAGUAGCGUGCAAACAGACCUCAAGUACAUAUAUCAGCUUCUUGUUGUGAAGGCAGCCGUCACAAAAUCAUCCGUGAUAUUCGAGAUCAAGGUCCCAUUAGUCAGCAGAGACCACUUUGAUACGUAUAGGACUUUACCAAUACCUAAAAUACGAGGUGACAUGAUGUUAUCAGUGCAACCCAUAUCAGAAUAUAUAGCGAUGAACCUAAAAAGAGAUACUUACAUACCUAUCACGAAUGAAGAGUUAGGAAAAUGUAUACAAAAUUAUGAAUCAGUCUUGAUUUGCAAGCUAGACAAACCCAUUUAUCAAUUAAACUCGGACCAGAAUCUCUGCAAAAAGGAUCAUAGAACAAAUCAAUGCAAAGUAGAAGAACAAAAAUGUUACAGUAAAUGGAUGAAAUUGAAUAAAAUCAACACAUAUAUUUUUAUUUGCUGCACCGAACAAUGCACUUUGAAAAUCAUAUGUGAGAAUCAAAUUACAAUGAAGCAAGUAACGAGUGGGGGACUUAUUUCUAUUGAAAAUGGUUGUGUCAUCAAAACAGAGGACUUCACAGUUUAUUCGCAUAAGGAGAGAUCAUCUGACAUUAGAAUAACACCUAACGUUAAUAUACCAGAAAUUGCUCAAAUUAAUCAUAUAAUAAAUAUAUCAAUAUCAGAUAAUUAUACAAUACAAGGGGAUGAGUCAACUAUGGAUCUACGAAACUUAAAGGAAUCCAUCGAAAAGUUGAAGUCGAGUGAGAAUGUUGAGUUAUCAUAUCACGACAUUCAUCACUACACGUUAUCAUAUGUGCUGGUGACCAUGAUGACGUCAGCAGCAGUAGCAGGAGUGGUGUGGCGCUACCGCCGCCGCCGACGCGCGGCCGCAGCCGCCGCCGCCGCCGCCGCCCGGGCCAGGAGGCCUCGGCUACCCAGGCCACCAGCGGCACCCGCCGCUGGGAUCAGUGAAGAUCCGUGUAGUAGUGGACAUAAAGUGUUUGUGUCUAAAUUCGUGAGUGAAUCUAUGGGCAAUUUGAGUGAAAACGCAAGUGGCUCUAUGAGCAAUUUUCGUUUAAAUGAAAAAGUGAAUAGGGCAUCAUCACCUAUCAUUUCUAAAAUAGUUUUCACGGAAGAUACGAAUCUUUAGAAACUUAAUUAUCAUACUAACAUAGGUUAACUAUUGUAAUUAUCAUCCUUGUUAUUAGCAUAGCUCAUCAUCAUUUUAGUUUAGUCAGAUACUAACAGUAGGUAAAUAGUUAGGUAGUAGCAA